AUGGGUAUCAGUCGUGAUCAUUGGCAUAAACGGAGGGCCACAGGUGGCAAGCGCGCGCCCAUCCGUAAGAAGAGGAAGUAUGAAUUGGGUCGCCCGGCUGCCAACACUAAACUUGGAGCCCAGCGUAUCCACUUAGUGCGUUCGCGCGGUGGUAACACUAAAUAUCGUGCCCUGCGCCUGGACACAGGAAAUUUCUCAUGGGGAUCAGAAUGCUCUACCCGCAAGUCCCGUAUCAUUGAUGUGGUAUACAAUGCAUCAAACAAUGAAUUGGUACGAACCAAGACUCUAGUGAAGAAUGCGAUUGUUGUAGUUGAUGCUACACCUUUCAGGCAGUGGUAUGAGUCUCACUACCUUCAGCCCCUUGGCAGAAAGAAGGGUGCUAAAUUGACUGAGGCUGAAGAUGCGAUCAUCAACAAGAAACGCAGCCAGAAAACAGCCAAGAAGUAUGUAGCAAGACAACGCACUGCCAAGGUGGAGAGUGGAAUUGAGGAGCAAUUCCACACUGGACGCUUGUUGGCGUGUGUUUCGAGUCGGCCUGGUCAGUGCGGCCGCGCAGACGGCUACAUCCUCGAGGGAAAGGAGCUCGAGUUCUACUUAAGAAAGAUCAAAUCCAAGAGAGCGAAGUGA